GGACUCCUUGUGGCAAAUCUUGUACAAGAAUUCGUACUAUGUUUUAUUCUAAUUGUCGCAGCACAUAUGAAAAAUUUCAAACUUCUCCAAGUAUUUUACAUCUACGGCUGUAUUCUGCUGGUGUUCCAAAUUCUGGCUGUGGGUGCCCUGACAGUAUUCAUACUUUACCUGACCUUCGUCGAUAAACCUCUUACCAAAGGCUCGUUGGCUCAUCAGUCGGUGGCGUGGCACUAUUUGAUGUAUGCCUCAACAUUCUACGCCAGUUUGAUACUCGAUAUUUAUGUCAUACUCCUUGUCAAGACUGAAAUAAUGAAGAUCAAGGACAAAAACCAGUAUACAUUAGAAGAUGUCGAUGAAGUACCAAAGACUACCGUGACCUACACAAAGAAAGAAGGUGAAGAAGUAGCUAUUACAAGUGUCGAAGAGACUGGAUACUAG